ACGCUCGCCCCCGUUCGGUUCGCGAGACGCAAGCGGACACACCGAAACGCUUCGCGCUCGUCUCCGCGUUCGGUUUUGCGGGUUGCGGAUGGAAGAGAUGUCCCGAGAGCACGCCAGCGCGACUUUCGUGCCCGCCGUCGCCGCGCACGGAGUCCUCAAGUCUCUGCUGGAGAACCCGGUCCAGCUCCCCAGCAGGCACAAUGACGCGCCGGUCAAGGAUCCCGACAAAGAGAAGAAGCUGGACGAGGACUGCGGCGCCCCCCGGUCGGCCUUCCUGGGGCCCACGCUGUGGGACAAGACGCUGCCCUACGACGGCGACAACUUCCAGCUGGAGUACAUGGACCUGGAGGAGUUCCUGUCCGAGAACGGCAUCCCGUCCAGCCCCGCCCGGCACGCCGCGCCGCCGCCCUCUAUGAUGCACCUCAGCGGCCACGCUUGCGCCUCCGUUCAAGCCGCGUCGCCCGGUCGUCUGCCCAGGAACCCCGACGGGCCAGGCCUCCCGAACUUCAGAAGCACUCCGAACCCGAUUGACCCGGACACCGUCCAGGUUCCGGUGGGCUACGAGCCGGACCCGGCCGACCUGGCGCUGUCCAGCGUUCCGGGCCGGGAAACGUUCGACCCGCGCAAACGCAAGUUCACGGCCGAGGAGCUGAAACCUCAGCCCAUGAUCAAGAAGGCUCGCAAGGUCUUCAUCCCCGAGGACCGGAAGCAGGACGACAGAUACUGGGCCCGGCGCAGGAAGAACAACGUGGCGGCCAAGCGCUCGCGUGACGCCCGGCGCCUGAAGGAAAACCAGAUCGCCAUCCGGGCCGGCUUCCUGGAGAAGGAGAACCUGGCGCUCAGGCAGGAAGUGGGCGAGCUGCGCAAGGAGCUCGGACGCACCAAGAACGUCCUGGCCGAGUACGAGGCCCAACACGGACACCUGUGAGGGCCGACGCAUAACGCGCGCGCGCAAUACACGCCUACAAACACACACAUGCACACACGCACACAAGCCCACUCUGCGGUCCUAUCGGCUCAACACGCUCACAGGUGAAGCAGCGAAUGGCGCGAAGGCCCUCUCGGAAUGGCUGUUUAUGAAUAACUCGCCCUUUCGGGGGCCUCGACGUGGCCAAAAACUCACCCACUUUGGCAAACGGGUAAAUGCUGGGAACCCUACAAUCACUCACUAGCGCCCCCCUGGAGAAAUUGAAAAUAUAGCCCCUGACGCCGGUUUUACCCAUCAACACGAAACAUGGACACGUCUAUCGAAAAAGGUCUCAAGGACUCGUUCCCCAAAUGAAACGGAAAGUCAACCAUUUUGGUUUGAAGUAGCCAUUUUGCACUCAUACAUUUCACUUGGACCUUUUGAGAAAAAAAAAAAAAAAAGAAAUUCAGCCGCCGACACCAGUUUGACCAAUCAACACGAAAUUGGGUGGACAUGUCUUACGGUGACACGACGCACGAAAAAGUCUCUAGGCCCCAAAUUGAACAGGAACUUGGCCAUUUUGCAUUCAGACGCGCCACCUGAGCGCGAGACAACAAAAUCUGGAUUUGUUUGACCGAUCAAAACUAAAUUGGGUGGACAUGUAAUGCGCAAAAAAGUCUCCAGGACCUAUGCUGAAAAUUGUCAUAAAGUCAGCCAUUUUGGCCAAAUUCUUUGACUUCCUCCCUUGUCAGCGCUUGGUUCCGCCUUACGCAAGGCGAGUCAUUCGGAGUUCCCAGCAUGCACCUGUGCACGCGGCACAUGUACGUAACAUGCACGUCGCUGCCUUCUGACAUUUGCUUUUUUGUCUUUUACCAUCUUAUUUUGUACCGCAAACUGGUAUAUAUAGAUGAGUGCCGAAAAUCCCCAAGCAAGGGAGAUUUCAAUCCACAAAUCAAACGAUUCUGGAACAUUCCAGACUUUGUUUUUCAUAUUUUCAAAGCUGAGCCGCAGUGAAAAGGACAAAAUGAACCCAAAGAGCAAAUAUAUUACACACACUGUAUAUAGUACACACGCACACACACAUAUAAUACAAUAAGAAGGAGUAAAAUAAACAUUUAUAUAUACACGUUUAAUAUUUUAUUUAAAAAAUGCUUAAUUACAAUAAACACAUGAGAAGGAAUUAUUUUACUAUUAAAAUAAGAAUUUUCCAUUUUAAAAAAAAUCAUGCAACCUAACCCUUAAGGAACUAUUGUCAACAAAGCAAACAUUUUCUUUUUUACCGAAUUAUUUCAGUCGUUUUCUUGUCGACUGGAUGCCAUUUGUGAGGUUUUUUUAAUGAUUGAUAUGACAAAACCACCAACGUUUAUUCUGAAUGCGAUUAAUUAUUCGUGCAUUAUUGGCAAAUUUGUACAUUUUCUUUGUGCAUAGCUCAGUGCUGACAUGAAUGUAAACUGACAUGUAUGUGUGUGCGUGUCACACUUUGACUUUCGUACUACAGACCAAAAAACCUUUUCAGUUGAAAUGUUGCGAUACCUUUUGUUGUACAGCUGUGGAUAAUUUGUGUGUAUUUUUGGAUUUGGUUACACAACUUGAAGCACUGCAGUAUUGCAAUCAAUCAAAUGAAAAAUACAUUUGAUGACAUCACUGUUUAUUGCAGGGGAUACGUUCCAAACACACCUGCAAAAGGGGAACAUUUGCGAUAUAGAGCUAUUGAAAAAUAUAUUUCUUGACCCCCUCAAGCACUUUUGACACAUUUAAACGUAUUAUGGGGUUAGCCUAGCGCCUGUUGUCACACUCGUUGUCAAACGGGAGACUGUCAUAUAGCAUCACUUUGACAUAAUGAAAAGAAUUACUGUAGAAGUGACACACAAAACAAAAGAAUUCGACAUUGCAUGUUUAAAAACCAAAGUGUUCAACCAAACCAUAUGAUUUCAUCAAAGUUCACUAGCUUAAUGCUAACAUAGCAAAAACCGUAGACAGGCUAAUGGAAGUUAGCAUCAAUGUUACGAUGAUUCUAAACAUUCUAACAACCGCUAUUUUACACAUACAGAGCAUCAACACAUACAAUAAUACAGGCAUAUAUUCUACCUGUACUUCACUGUUAACACCAUAAUACAUUGAUUGUUUAUAAAUUGGCCACAUAGCGAAUGACGACGUUUUGCUGUAUCGACCGACCGUCCGUCCGUCCGUCCGUCCGUCCGUCAGGGCGAUACAUUACACGGGCAUUAAGCUAGCAAGUUGCUUUCUGCUGUUUGUAUUUGAAAAUACCUCAAAAGAAUCCAAAAGAAAUCAAACAAGAGCACCUGUUGUCUUUAUACGCUGAAUGAUCUUGAUAUCAAUUAUAAACUCUUUAUUGGCUAUAUUGGGCCUCUGAAUGUAAUCACUCGACAUCAAGCACUUGUUUUUUUUUUCUUUCUUUCCUUAUGGUGUAAUUUAUCUUUGUGUUCUAUCUGAUGUUUCUAUGCUCAUUUCCUUUAUUUGCCCUGAAUUUUCCCAUGCAUAUGAAUUAAAAAAA